AUGACGAGUCGUGAAGGAAACUCGAGCAGUAAUGGUGGCUGGUUUAGAAUCAUCUUUGGUGUCUUCUUGCUCAAGCUCCACCGAAGACAGUUCUCCGUAAGCAGAGAAGUGCUCCUCCAGAGUAGCUACCUGAUAAACAGAAAAUUGAGCAAUGGUGGAAUAAUCCUGAAUGUUGUGGGCCGAUUGUCCAGCUUGAAUUUGUUUACUGUGAAAGGUGUUCCAGAAAGUGCAGGUUGCCAAAAGGCAGGUUUCAAAGGUUCCCGAGCAUGCACAUUUGCACUUGCAGUGGACUUCUGCAAAACAGCUGACCCAGCAGAAUUUGCAUUCUCUGUUUUUAUGUUAUCACUUCCUAAUGACUUGGAAGUUUCAGCUUUAGCACAAUUAGGUGGUGUCUCGUCUUUAAGCCCCUCGGUACUCGGAUCAGUUAAUGUGACAUCCUUGGAACCUACUGCCUGCAAAAAGACUCAAAUGAUUCAGAUGAAGGCAAACUAG